AUGAGUUUCGACGAUUCUUGGCAUCACAGCAGCCAGUUUGCCUGGCCGAAACAGUUUCCAGUGUCGAUCACAGGUGCCCGUCAAUCACCAAUUGACAUCAAAGAAAAAGAUGCCGACAAAGUGCUUCUUCCCCAGUUCAACCUGAAAUGCGUCGAAGGAGAUCAGAACGCGAACUGGACCAUGACGAAUAAUGGACACACUUUGAGUUUGGCUCCCGCAGCUGGUUGCAAGUGGCAGUUGUCUGGAAGUCUUCUCCAGGGGAACUAUAUCCUGGACCAUUUCCACAGUCAUUGGGGAGAGAGCGGGGACUAUGGAUGUGAACACUUGAUUGAGGGUCAGUCUUAUGCAGGCGAGACCCACUUUGUCUUCAAAUGGGCACCCAAUCAGGGUAAAGAAGUCAAAGAUGCCGCCGCAGUUUGGGGUAUAAUGAUGGACGAGUCGCCUCAAAGUGACCCGAACGCGCAGAAAAUAUUCGAUGACAUCAUCGGCAAAAACAUUAGCAAGGUCAUCAAGCCCGGCUCUACUCAGAUCCCAGCGCUGGACUUCGCGACUCUGGUCCCGGCCGGACAGUCCGAAUACUACGCCUACCAGGGAUCCCUGACAACUCCUCCUUUUGCCGAAGUGGUGUUGCACAUCGUCUUCAAGAACCCAGUCAAGGUGUCCAAGAAGUACAUGGAUAAACUGCGCAGUCUGGGAGAUCUGAGAGGGGGGAAAACGGAGGCGAACUACCGAUGGAUCCAGCCUCUGAACGGCCGAAAGAUUUUCUGGUCCUGCUGA